GUAGAAAAUGAUGAAGGGUUCAACAAUUGAAGGUGGUGGUGUAAUAUCUCGUAGAAAAGGGUUGGCAAGAGGGUUGCCUAUAAUGGACUUUAUAUUGAGAAUUGUUGCGGCGGUUGGAACAUUAGCUGCUGCAAUUGCCAUGGGAACUACCGAUGAGACGCUUCCAUUUGCAACUCAGUUUAUAAGAUUCAGGGCUGAAUUUGAUGACCUCCCCUCCUUUGUAUUUUUUGUGGUGGCCAAGUCUCUAAUAUGUGGAUAUCUAGUUCUUUCUCUUAUCCUAUCAUUACUCCAUAUAGUUAAGAGUAGCGCGGUGAAAAGUAGAUUGCUCCUCGUUGUGCUUGACACGAUUAUGUUGGGUCUCGCGACAGCAGGAGCCUCAGCAGCAGCAGCAAUUGUAUACAUAGCACAUUAUGGUAAUCCAAAACCCAAUUGGUUCGCUAUUUGUCAACAAUACAACAGUUUCUGUGAACGCAUUUCCGCUUCUCUUAUUGGCGCUUAUCUUGCUGCUGCUAUCCUCGUUAUACUUAUCAUAUUUUCAGCUGUUGCAAUCUCCAGAAACUAAUUAUUAUUAUUAAUCUCGUGUGCUGUGUAUGUGUGUUUAGUUUUCCAAUUAUGCUUUUCUUUAAUGAAAGGUUUAAUUUCCUAGUGUGUUUUUAGUUUCUCUAGUGUAUGUUGGGCGGCGCUUUAAUAUACCUAUAUGAGAAAUUUAAAAAUGUUGAACUUGUG